CCUGUAAUUGUCUCUUAGUAUUAAUAUUUUUUUCAAAAAGAGUUUAUGAGUGAGUGUUUCUUUUACCAUUGCCUCCGCUAGGUGAGGCCCUGAAAGUCCGUUUAUUAUGAUUAUAAGUCUCAAGACUGUAAGCACAGUUAGUGCUCAGUAGAGUGUGAGAGGAUACAACACACAAGCAACUAUCUUUUCAUUACUUCCACUCAAACAUCCUCAUUAACACCCAUAAUUACACUAAUCCACUAUUCACUCUCCCCCCACCCUAACAAAAUGCGUCUUGCACAGUACCCAGUUCAUUUUUAGAACCGAGAAGGUUCCAAGUCUCUCACUUUCAGUACUUCAUCGUCUCACUAAUUUCUUCUUCGGUGACAAUGUCCCAAUGGACCUGCAUUGUCUUGAUUUCUCUUCUGAGCUCAUUUUCCUCACUUGGAAGAGCAAUGUUUAACCGUACUGCUCUCAUUCCUCAUCCGAACCCGGAAGAAGUAGCCCAAGAAGUUCAGAGGAGAGUAAAUGCUUCUGUUUCUCGAAGACAGACCCUACAACUAACCCAAGACGACCAAUCUAAUUGCCUUACCGGGAACCCAAUUGACGAUUGUUGGAAAUGUGACCCAGAUUGGUCCAACAACCGUCAAGGGCUAGCCGAUUGUGCAAUUGGGUUUGGACAGUAUGCGAUGGGCGGCAAGAACGGUGAAUACUAUGUUGUCACAGACUCGUCCGAUAAUGAUGCGGUCACUCCUAAACCGGGCACAUUGCGUUAUGCGGUGAUACAGCCUGAGCCUUUGUGGAUUGUUUUCCCUACUAAUAUGCACAUCAAGCUCUCUCAAGAGCUCAUUUUUAAUAGCUACAAGACCCUUGAUGGUCGUGGGGCUAAUGUGCACAUUACUGGUGGUGGGUGCGUCACUUUGCAGUAUAUAAGCAAUAUCAUCAUACACAACAUCCACAUUCACCAUUGUGUGCAGUCAGGAGAGGCUAAUGUGCGGUCGAGCCCAACCCACUUCGGAUGGCGCACUGAAUCAGACGGUGAUGGGAUCUCAAUCUUUGGGUCGAAAGACAUAUGGAUAGACCACUGUUCCCUCUCACACUGCAAGGACGGCCUGAUUGAUGCUGUGAUGGGUUCCACGGGAAUCACAAUUUCAAAUAACUUUUUCUCACAUCAUAACGAGGUGAUGCUGUUGGGUCACAGCGAUGAAUACAAGCCGGACUCUGGUAUGCAAGUCACCAUAGCUUUUAACCACUUUGGGGAGAAGCUGGUGCAGAGAAUGCCCAGGUGCAGACGCGGCUACAUACACGUCGUCAACAACGAUUUCACCCAAUGGGAGAUGUAUGCCAUCGGUGGCAGCGGUAGCCCAACCAUUAAUAGCCAGGGCAAUCGCUACACUGCUCCCUUCGAUCAUAAUGCCAAGGAGGUGACGAAGAGAGUGGAGACAGGAGAAGGGGAAUGGAGGGACUGGAAUUGGAGAUCAGAGGGAGACAUAAUGGUUAAUGGAGCGUUCUUCGUGGCAUCAGGGCAGGGUGUGGAGGUCAAGUACGAGAAGGCCUACAGUGUGGAGCCCAAGUCAGCUGUCCUCAUUGACCACCUCGUCAUGCACGCCGGGGUCCUCGGAGUUGGUGGCAGGGACAACAACUUGGGAAAAUGGGGGACAGGACCCAAUGGCGGCGAAGCUGGAUUGGGAACAGACGAUGACUACACAGACGACUAUUCUGGGACUGGGAGAAACAACAUGAAUAGAUAUGAUGCUGCUCUUUCUUCCAUUUUUAUUCCAAUGACAUGCUUGUUAAUUUCAUUCACUCUACCAUUGACAUCCCUGUUAUAAUCGACGGGAGAGAUGAUAGAGGACUAAUUUCUCUCUUAGUUGGAAAAACGUUAUUCCAGUUGGUGUUGGUGCAUUAACAUGCAUUUUUCAUUCA